GCGACCCGUAGAGCCCGGCGCAUGCGCGCUCCCGACGCUGGCGCGACCUGGAGCCAUGGUGGCUGCGCUGGGCGGCUGGGCUGCCCUGCGGCUCGUUCUCGCGGUGGCGAAGCCCGGGAUGCACGUGCCCCGUGUGGGGCCCGCGGCCGCAUUCGGCACCUCAGUAACCUCUGCCAGAGUGGCUGUGAAUGGUGUCCACCUGCAUUAUCAGCGGACUGGAGAGGGCGAGCAUGCCGUCUUGCUGCUUCCUGGAAUGUUGGGAAGUGGAGAGACUGAUUUUGGACCCCAGAUUAAGAACCUAAACAAGAAGCUCUUCACAGUGGUCGCCUGGGAUCCUCGAGGGUACGGACAUUCCAGACCCCCAGAUCGAGAUUUCCCAGUGGAUUUUUUUGAAAGGGAUGCAAAGGAUGCCAUUGAUUUGAUGAAGACUCUGAAGUUUAAGCAGGUCUCCUUGCUGGGAUGGAGUGACGGUGGUAUAACAGCUCUCAUCGCAGCCGCAAAGUACCCGUCUUACAUCCGCAAGAUGGUGAUUUGGGGAGCCAACGCCUAUGUGACUGACGAAGAUGAAAUGAUUUAUCAGGGCAUCCGAGAUGUUUCUAAAUGGAGCGAGAGGACAAGAAAGCCUCUAGAAACCCUAUAUGGGUAUGACUACUUCGCCAAAACCUGUGAGAAGUGGGUGGAUGGCAUAAAGCAGUUUAAGCUUCUUCCAGAUGGUAAUAUCUGUCGGCACCUGCUGCCUCUGGUUCAGUGCCCCACCCUAAUUGUGCACGGGGAAAAGGAUCCCCUUGUCCCGCGCUUCCAUGCUGACUUCAUACACAAACAUGUGAGAGAGUCACGGUUGCAUCUGAUGCCAGAAGGCAAGCACAACCUGCACUUACGUUUUGCAAAUGAAUUCAACAAGUUAGUAGAAGACUUCCUACAAUGAAAACGUCCCUGAGCACCGGUGACCUGGUGAUCUUUAUUGUGGGGCUUGAGCCUGCUGCUGCCUUUGCAGCUCCCCCCGGCCGAGUCACCCCUCAGUCCACCUGCCUUCCCCGGGCUUGCUGCUCCUCCCUUCACACCCACCGCUCAUCCACUACGAAUAAUGGCGCACUGAAAACAGCCUCCAGCUGUAAUAGACACGAAAAUUAAAUCUGAGUUUGUAACACUGAGUUGUGAAUUUCUACCAUUGUCUUAAAUAAAUUUCUAUCAUGAUUUUUACUUUGCAAUAAAUCUAAGGUGAAAUAUU